CUACUAGACACCCCGAGUAUCCUAUCGGACUCGUUCGGUCUCUCAUUCACUCGUUACAACACUCGUCAUGGAAUACAUACAACCCAACCAUAUUUACUCGCGCAUAUUGGACAACAUUCCCUGGAAGUCCGCAGAUUCAUCGGUGAAAGGUGAUCCGCGGAAAAGUGUGAAGUGGAUUGAUGGUCUCCGAGGAAUCGCCUCAUUCCUAGUGAUCCUCACUCAUCUAGCCCGAGCAUGGGAUUAUGACCUCUUCGCCCCCCGCGACGAUGUUGACAACCCUCCCCGAAUUCUGCAGUGGCCCGUCCUCCGUAUCCCUUGGCAGGGUCGUUUGGGUGUCACCAUCUUUGCCUUCUUAACUGGUUACGUUUGCGCUCUUAAGCCGCUCAAACAGUCCCGCAAUGGCGAUAUCCUUGGAUCCUUUACAUCGGUUGGCAAGAGUGCCUUCCGCCGUCCACCUCGCCUGAUCUUCCCUGCUACCAUCGCCUUGCUCAUUUCAUGGGUCAUGGCACAGUUUGGGGCCUUCAUCGCCGCUAAUCGCUCCGACUGUUGGUGGUGUCGUUACGCAGCCGUCGACCUGGCGCCUACUUUUUGGGAGGAGUUCGUCCGGCUGUUCAAGACCUUCCUUGAAGUUUGGACCACGGGUUAUAUGGCAUACGAUGACCACCAGUGGGCUUUGCUCCCGCUGCUCCAGGCAUCUAUGUUGAUUUACGUCCUUAUCUGCGCAACCAUGUUCUGCAAAUUCCGAUUCCGUGUGGCCAUCUAUCUGGGAAUGUACCUCUACUUCCACCAAAACGCAGCUAAAAACACGGAAACCUUCCAAAUGCAGGCAAUCUACGGUAUGUUCCUCAGCGAUCUCUCAUAUGAGAACGGUUUCAAAGAAUUCGUCGAACGUCACAGCUGGGGUCGCAAGAUCGUAGCAGGCCUCCUUCUCUGCCUCGGUCUCAUCCCUCCCACUACAUCUUCCCCCCCGAAAGUCAACGUCGGCAGACGCUACUCCGCCUUGGGUGUCGACCUCAUCAUUUUCGCCAUCUAUAUCUCACCCUCCACCAAGGACUUCCUCUCCAGCCGCCUCCUCCUCUGGCUCGGCAAACAGAGUUUCGCCGUUUACCUCGUGCACGGCACUCUCCUCCGCACCGUUCUGUGCUGGAUGCUUUACGGAAUUACCGGUCAGCCCUGGGACGGUGAUAUCGUCGACGAAAAGGGUAACCCGAUCUACGGCGAGGACGGUGAACCCCUUCACCCGCACUGGAUCCCCAUCCGCGCCCCUUGGGUCGUGGCUAUCAGUAUCCCGGCUUGGAUCGUGUUGGUAUACUUCUGUGCCACUUUGUGGACGGGAUAUGUUGACCCCUUCUGUGCGCGCAUGGCGCAAAAAUUGGAGAAGUGGAUGUUUGAGGAGAGUGAGCAAGCUCCACCCCAGCUACCCAUGACUAGCAUUCCUAUGCAGACAGCUUAA